ACCAUUUUACGGAUCCGGCAACGCUUACACACGAUUUUCAUCAAGUGUGCACCCUUUCUCUUGCUCUUUCCUCCCAAUUCGGCACGGCUCUCUUUCUCCCUUUUCCACACACACACUUUUCACACGCAUUUGACAAAAUAAUAAAAACAAUUUCCGAAUUCUAGUGAAAAGUUUUAUACAUUGCCGUCUGAGAAAGGCUAUGCAAAAAGUUUUCAUUUCGUCCGAAACAAUGUCAAAAUAGUAAAUUAAAUAAUUAAUUGUGAAUUAUUUGUCUGUUCUGGUUUAAAAAUAUGUCGAGAAUCGCAAUCAAAACAGAGAAUCUGGAUGAUGAGCAGGAGGAGAUUGGCAUUGAAAGUAGAGCCGCAGAAGAGGAUGGUGUUGGUCGCCAGGAGCAAGAAAAGGGUACUUCGUCAGCCGAGCUAAGUAAUUUGGUUACGGCAGGUAAACAGCACAUUGAGGUGGGUCGAAAUGUGAACAUGGCGACGCGCCAGCUACAACAAAUUCAGCCGCAACCUACUUCUUUGUUGAAAAUGACUGGCGGAGGAGCCGGUGGCGGCGGUAGUGGUGCGGGUACGGGUGCGGUUGAUAGUAACAGCCGUCUGGUCAACUCCGGCCAUGAUACCAAUAGCACUAAAAAACCUACAUUACCGAAAUCACGCUGCGGAGAAGUCUUUGUAUCCAAUAAUGCACGCCAGUGGACAUUUAUUUGCACCUAUUGCAACAAAAGCACACGUGACAUCGGCGAAUUUAUAUGCCACAUAAAAAUCAAACAUUUGGGUGGCUUUGCGGAUGAUGGUGGUGAUGAAACAGACGAUGGUGGAGAGUACGAGGGAAAUCAACCAAAUUUCUAUGAGCAGGAUCAAGAUUAUUUGGAUUGCGGCAGCUAUCUGGAUGUGAACGUACACACAGAGUCCGAAGACUACAGUUUAAAUGGCCAAGAUCACUCGUCUUCAUACCGACAUUUAAGCACUCAUAAUCUAACACAAAGACUACCGGUGAUCGCUGCGGCAGUCUCAAAGCAAGAAGAAGUAAAAAGACAAGCUGAUUUUAACAAAAAAAGGAAACUUAAUAGUGCCGAAGAUGACACUUUGGACGGCGAAAAUGAAUACGCUUUUGGCACUGCUAAAGAAUCUGCCGCACAAUGGCGUGCCGAUCCAGCCAAUUUCCAAUCAUACGCAAAUAAAUACACUUUAAAAACCUCCACCCCAGAUGCUAACAUGAAAAACAAUGCCAUAGCAAAUGGCAGCGCUGCUUUUGACGCUACCGACUACACUUCGAAUAAGGACGAUUUUGAUGCAGCCGGCGCCUAUGAAAACGACGAUGAAGAAGACUUUGAUAAUCAAUUGCUGAUUGCGCCCACUGACUCAUUAGAUGCGAGCAUACUGGGUGCCACCCAAGAUGGUAGUGGCGGUGAAAUGAAAGCUAAGCGUCGCCAAAUACGCGGUACCGCCUACUGUGCCCUGUGCAACAAAACCUUCCAAUACUACUCACUGUAUCGCAAUCAUAUGAUUAAACAUUCUAAUGAAACACCGUUUAAGUGUCCUAUUUGCAAAAAAGGAUUCAAGUCAAAACAGGCCAUACGCUAUCACAUGAAUACACAUCAGAAAGAGAAGCAAUUCAAAUGCACCGUCUGCAGUGCAUCGUAUGGCACUGAGAACCACUUCAUCUCCCAUAUUAUGACUCAUGAAAGCGCAACUGCAUUUCCAUGCAUGGUUUGCGGUCAGGUACUAAGCAGCAGUAAGGAGCGCGAUAUUCAUAUGGCUAACCAUAAGGAGGAGCGACCAUUUCGUUGCGACUACUGCAACAAACUCUUCCGUUUACGCCACCAUUUAUCCAACCAUUUGAAGAUGCACCGCAAAUACCGUUGCGAUUAUUGCAAGGAGAUAUUCACCAGCGCUAUUUACUUGCGUAAACCUUACGCUUGUCCAGGGUGUGAAAGUUCACCCGAUGCGCAGCAAGAUGCAGCAAAUGCUGCAAGUUUAAAAGCUGCACGUCUUGCUGGCAGCAAAAACGUAAACCCAUUGGAAAUUUUCGAAACGGUCAUACCAGGACAACAACAACAUGGUGAUGACUACGCACAGAUGGUAACCGACUCGGAAGGUGAUGGGGAAGUUGAUGAGGAUGAUGAUGAGGGCGAGGACGACGAUGAUGAUGAAAACGAUAAUGAACAACAAGACUCACCUAUGAAUGAAGAUGGCGAUGAAAACGAAGAAAGAUCACUAAAAGACGCUGAGCAAGAAGAUGCGGAUGAUGACGAAGAUGAUGCUGAGGAUGAUGAAGGAGAAUAUGAGGAAGGAGGCGCGGGUGGUAGUGGCGACCGAGCUAUUGGCCAAUAUGGUGGCGGUAUGAAGCGUUAUGUAUGCAAGUAUUGCCCGCGCAGCUAUUCGCACCCAAGCGGGCUAAACUACCACAUAAGGCAUAAACACUGCUAGUAAAAGAGCACAAAUAAGAAGGCAAAUUACAGAUGAAGGAGCUAUAGGGAGGGCAUAUAAUUAUUUAUAAGAGAAGAGAUUUUUUUCCAAUUUAUGCACUGACAAAAACAAAAUAUGUAGUUAUAGAAAAGAAAAGCCGAGCGCAAAAAAUGUUUAAAAUAGCUGAUUGUAUACUAUGUAAGAGAUUUAUUACUUUUAAGCAUAAAUAUUAUAAAUACAUAUAUUCUUUUAAUAUUUCUAUUAUUGUCAGGUGACUACAGACUUAAAAUGCUAGCGCAUGCCGGUACAAAUACAACACAGUCUUUCCUAAUAACAUCUAGUCUAACCUUAAACCAUUAUUUUGUACCCACACAGGUAGAUAUAAACCUUGCAUUACAGUGGACUAUUGUAUGAUACCUCUAAGUUGUGCAAUUGUUAUUAUGGGUAGCAGCGAUUGCAGCUUAUAUACUCAUGUCUGCGUAUGAUAACCGAAAUUUAAUUAGGUAAUUAGUGAAAACAUGUGGGACUCAUUCUAUAGCAUCGUUCUGGUUGUUACCAUGGCAAAAAAAAAUUCGAUUCGUUUAUUAAUGAAAAUGCUGUCGUAAUGCGAUCGUCAUUGCAAAAGUUUUCCCCCAAUGGGCGUGUCUGGCAAUCUGCUUAAUUCACGUCCAUGUAGGAGUGUCACAUACACGAGAUUGUAGCGGCAGCGAUAGCUACGUUAGUAAAUACCAAAGCAUAUAUCUUGGUAAAAAUUAAAUACUCAAAUGUAUGUAUGUAACUUCUGUUUCUUAAAAAAAAAAUUAGCAGAUUUUACUUUCACGUUCCUUGCAUACAACUAUUGGUACCCAAACAUUUUUUUUUACAUAUUAACUGAAAUUUAUACACUCACGUGUACAUUAUCUUCAUUAUUUUAGUUAUAGUAAACAGUAUUCUUCCGAGUAAGCCAUCACAUCCAUCUUGAAUCCGACCGAAAUGUAUUAGAACUGAUGUUUGUGAAAAUUAAAGAAAAAAUACUAACACGCAUACAUAUGGACGUACAUUUUUUCUCAAAGCAUAUUAAUUUUUAUAAAACAUACCGAUAAGGCUUGAAUAGGCCUUGAAAACUAUAUUUAUGUACAUACGUGCAUUAAAAAAAUAGAGUUACCAAAAUUAUUGAAGGUUAUAGGGAACAAAUUUCCGAAAAAUCAGUGACUGCCCCAAUGUUUUUGUAUUACAUACAUGUGUAUGUACAUAUAUCAUCAAGUAGUCAGUCAUCUAGUGUUUAUAAAAGAUAAAACACCAAUCUGUUUUAUUUAUUUUUUUGUAAUACAUACAUAUGUUAAAGAUUUCAAAUCUCAUUUGAAUUUUAGAGCAAUAUUGUUCUAAAUCUGCUAGCGCUAAAAAUCUCAUUUCUCACAUAAAAAGCUCUUAUUUUUGAUGUUUAAGUUAUUAUUUUUUAUAUUUUAUUUAUUUUAUUUUUUUGUUACACUUAAGUCCACGAAUAUACAUGCAUACAUACUAAGUACAGCUUUGAAAUUAAUAUGAAUAUGAACAGCUUUUUUACGAUUAUAGUGAGUUUAAGUGAAUUAUUAAUGUAAUAAAAAGGCAAUUUUCAUUAUGAGUUACUCUUAGAAUAGCAACAAAAAUAUGAAUGCUGCUAAAUUUAUUUAAGGCAAUUACGCGGAAAAAAUAUAAAUGGCAAAACAUAAACGUUUUCCAAUAAAAGACAAAAGAAAAAACUAGCAAAGCAAAAUUUUUGUAAAACUAGUUAUUUACGUUAUUAUAUUUUGGUAUCUAUCCAAAGAUUCUUUACAACUUCACUGCGCCUAAAACACAUGUAAAAUUGCUAGGCGAAGACUUUGUAACGCUGAAAUUAAAUUUAAAUUUACUUUAUACAAUUGUAUUUACAAGCGAAAUUAACUGUCCAUACAAAUCUUGUCGUUCGAUACAUGUAUGUAUGUAUGCAGAAACAAUUAGGUAUAUUUAAUGCUUCAUUUAAAAUUAUUUUCAUUUUUACAACUAUAUCGUCAAUGAUCAAGCAAACACCAAAAGCGAGCAUUAUACGAACAUUCAGCUUUCUGCUAAAUCAUGUUAAUAGCUACUAUGAAUAUUAAAAAAAUAUAAAUACAUAUAUGAAAAUAUUAAAUGAGGUUUACUAAACAAAGCUCAUACAGUGGUGGAAAAAUAAAUAGCGACGCGACAUUUUAACAAGUUUUGCCUAUUUUUCUUUU